AGCAGGAUCAAACUGUCGUACACCACACUAUUUAACAGAGGUGAAACAAAGCGCUCAUGUAUUCUUAACUGGUUUGUUUAGAGUCGAUGGAAAGAUCAACAUGACAUUUUUAUGCCUAAAUGUGAAAUAACAGCCAGUGAAGACCGGAAGAUGGACUUUAGCAGAACCGUCCUGGUGACAGGAGGCUCAGGAUUCAUAGGCUCUCAUCUGGUGAGCUCACUGGUCACCAGUCACCCAGAUUGGAGGAUUAUUAACUUGGAUAAUCUGGAGUACUGCUGCAGCUCCAGGAGCCUGGAGAGUGUUGAGAACCAAGCGAACUACACCUUUAUUAAGGGAGAUGUUCGUGACUCCCAGCUGGUGAACCACCUCUUCAGCAUAGGAAGCAUUGAUGUGAUCUUCCACCUGGCAGCUCAAACCCACGUUGAGGCCUCGUUCAGAUCCGCGUCCAGUUUCCAGCGGGUCAACGUUGAUGGAACCAGAGUUCUACUGGACGCCGCUCACCGGGCUGGACACCAACCUCAGCGCUUCAUCUACGUCAGCACCGAUGAGGUGUACGGAGGCAGUCUGGGCGAGGUGUUUGAUGAGAGCAGUCCUCGGAGACCCACCAAUCCGUAUGCUGUCUCAAAGGUAGCUGCAGAGUACCUGGUCCAAUCGUACUGGGACAAGUAUCAGUUUCCAAUCAUCAUUACCAGGAGCAACAAUAUCUACGGGCCCAGGCAGUACACAGAGAAGGUUAUUCCCCGGUUUCUCACCUUGCUGCUGAAGAACCAGAAAUGCACCAUCCAAGGAGUCCUCCCCCAAUCCCGCCACUUCCUGUUUGUCAGUGACGCCGUCAACGCCUUCCUGCUGGUUCUAGAGAGAGGGAUUGUGGGGGAGAUCUACAACGUGGGAACGAGCUUCGAGAUUCCCAUCGUGCAGCUGGCGCGUGAGCUCGUGAAGAUGGUGAGUUUAGAGUCGGUUGUUAUUAAAGCGAGUCAGCUGGUUUCCGUUCAUGAAGCAGUUUCUGGACCUGUUCUAGGUGAAGAACAUAGCGGACUCCAAAGUGAACGACUGGUUGGAGUUCGUGCCGGAGAGGUGAGACAGGAAAUAGCCACGCCUCCAGGAAAUAGUCUGAACUUGUCUGUUUCCUGUAGGCCGCGGGUCGACCUUCGGUACCCAAUCAGGUGCGAGAAGCUGCAGCAGCUGGGCUGGAGAGAGCAGGUGCCCUGGGCUGAAGGGAUCAAACAAACAGCCCAAUGGUACCAGGACAACCCAGACUUCUGGUCAGACGUGAGCGACGACCAGAACAUCAGAAGCACGUUUGAGAAAACUUCCAACAAAAUCCCUGGGCCAACUUAGCCCUGAGGCUCGUCUGACAGGAAGUAACCGAUGUGUUUGUGUAGCACAGAUUUGCUGCUCAAACACUGAAGUCCUGAACAAACACCGGGCUCAGGACAGAACCUUUUCAUUUUAACUGUUGGACCAACUGAAGUGCCAAACGGAAAGCAGGGCCCCCUGCUGACUGUCUCCUAAUGUAUGUUUAACUAUAUUUUAGGUAUGAAGGGUCUUAUUACGCUCAGGUUGAACCUAUCAAUGAUGCUUUGAUCUAGAUGAAUUAUUUUCAUUCCACAGCUUGUUGGAAGCCCGGGGGGGAUGAAGCCUUACUCAGGCAGUAUUUAAAACAGGGGUGUCAAACUCACACGGGGCCGAAAUGAAACUCUGGGACUGAGUCGAGGGCCAAACUUAAUAUUUUUUGAAAAAGUGACGUCAAAUUUGCACAUUUUCUUUAUCAACAUAUAUGCAAUUUUGAACCUUUAAAUUUGGAAACAAACAUAUUUCUGCGUUAACACUGAAUGUGGAAUAACCCAAUUACACACGAACAAGUCAGUUUUAAAUAAAAGGCAUCAGUGGUAUUCAUUACUUGUGGUAAAAUCAGCAUUUUUAAAAUCUAUUCAGGAUUUAUGUUUUCUUGUUUAUUCAUUUCUUAUUUAUUCUCAUUUUUUCCUCCUGUAAUAAGUGUCAUCGCUGCUGUGACAUCUAGCUUUCCCCACUGAGGAACAAUAAAAGGAUUUUGUAUUCUA